UGACUCCACGUUCGGCCACGGAGCGACUCAGAGUCGCUGUGCAGGAGCUGGAGCUGUUGGAGUGUGCGGCUGUCCGGAGGAGACGUCUGAUCCGAGAAGGUGUGUGGUGACCUCUGGUCUGCUGGUGUCAGGAUGCAGGUCCCGGUUAAGAUGAGUCUCUUCCUGCUGAGCUUCGCUCUCAUCUCCGUGUUCCCUGAGACGGCGCGAGGACAAGUUGCGACGCCGCGGAGGUUUCGAGCCAACGUCCUGAGCCCUAAGAAGCUGGAGGUGUCGUGGAAAGAGCCCAAAGGAGAGUUCGAGAGCUACAAAGUCAUUUACACCACGAGGCCGGGUGGAGAGCAGAAGGUGGUUCCAGUUUCAAAGCAGGAUGCAAAGCUGAUCAUUGAAGACUUUGACUCGUCUAAGGAGUACAGGUUUAAGAUCUUUGCGCUCGGCGGGGGGAAGGAAAGCAAACCUCUUCAGGCCAAACAUGAAGCUCAGCAGUCGGGUUCUGAAAUGACUCAGCCCCAAACGAGACCGAGCGGCGCCAAGUCUGAGAACAACGAGAUCUCUGAAGCUGAGGAGGGGUUUAUGUGUAAGACUCCCGCUGUGGCCGACAUCGUCAUCCUGGUGGACGGCUCCUGGAGCAUCGGUCGCAUCAACUUCCGUCUGGUCAGGACCUUCCUGGAAAACCUGGUCCGGUCCUUCGCUGUGGAGAUUGACAAGACCAGGAUCGGUCUGGCCCAGUACAGCGGAGACCCAAGGAUCGAGUGGCAUCUCAACGCUCACACCACCAAGGCCGCCGUGAUCGACGCCGUGAAGAACCUGCCCUAUAAAGGAGGAAACACUCUGACAGGUCUGGCUCUGACCUUCAUCCUGGAGAACAGCUUCAAACCAGAGUCUGGAUCCAGAGCCGGCGUCCCCAAGAUAGGAAUCCUCAUCACCGAUGGAAAGUCCCAGGACGACGUGAUCCCUCCAGCUCAGAGCCUGAAGGACGCCGGGAUAGAACUGUUCGCCAUCGGUGUGAAAAACGCUGAUGAGAACGAGCUGAAGGCCAUCGCCUCCCCUCCGGAGGAGACGCACGUCUACAACGUGGCCGACUUCAACGUGAUGAGUGACAUCGUGGACGGCCUCUCCAAGACCGUGUGCGACCGCGUGGAGCAGCUGGACAAGAAGAUCCGAGGUGGAGGACAACCUGCUCCGGCUCCGGUCCCCGUCGCUGCCCCUCGGGACCUCGUGAUCUCCGAGAUAACGGCUCGAAGCUUCCGGGUGACGUGGACCCACGCCUCAGGCCAGGUGGAGAAAUACCGCGUGGUGUACUACCCGGCCAGCGGAGGCCAGCCCGAGGAGAAGGUGGUCCAGGGGACGGAGAACAGCGUGGAGCUCAACUACCUGAACUCCCUGACCGAGUACCAGGUGGCCGUGUUCGCCAUCUACCGCAGCUCCGCCAGCGAAGCCCUGAGAGGGAGCGCCACCACACGGGCUCUGCCGAUGGUCAACGACCUGGAGCUGUUCGAUAUCACCCACAGCACCAUGAGGGUCCGCUGGAAGACCGCCGCCGGGGCUUCUGGGUACAUGAUCCUGUACGCGCCGCUCACCGAGGGAGACGCCGCCGACGAGAAGGAGGUGAAGGUGGAGGACUCUGUGAACGAGGUGGAGCUGGAAGGACUGACUCCAGCCACCGAGUACACGGUGACGGUUUACGCCCUGUACGGGGAGGAGGCCAGCGACCCCAUGACCAGCCAGCAGACCACACUGCCGCUGACUCCGGCUAAGAACCUGCGCUUCUUAGACGUGGACCACAGCUCCGCCCGCCUCACAUGGGACUCCGCCUCCAGGAAGGUCCGAGGCUACCGGGUCAUGUACGUCAAGACCAACGGGGUCCAGAUCACCGAGGAGGACGUGGGCGCCGUGACGUCCUGGUUGCUAAGAAACCUCACCUCCCUGACGGAGUACACCGUCGGCGUCUUCGCUCUGUACGACGAGGGACAAUCCGAGGCCUUGACGGACAGCUUCACCACAAAGACCGUCCCAGACCCGAUGGACCUGACGAGCAGCGACGUGUCCUCGGAGAGCUUCAGGGUGUCCUGGCGUCACCCGGCCUCUGACGUGGUGCUGUAUCGACUCGUCUGGACGGCCACUGACGGAGGAGAGGACAGCGAAGAGAUCCUGUUGAAUGGGAAUAUCAACACGUACAUUAUAAAAGGCCUCAGCCCCUCCACCGAGUAUGAAAUCCUCCUGGCCGCCCUCUACCAGAACGAGGUGGAGAGUGACGAGGUCAUCCUGGUGGAGACCACCGCUAAAAAAACAACGACCAUCGCUACGACCACCACAACCACAGAAGCUCCUCGUCCCGGCGUGAAGGCCAUGAAGAUCGAUGAACAAACCACCUUCAGCCUGAGAGUGUCCUGGCAGCCCGUCGACGCCAGCAACAUCCGACAUUAUCGCCUGGUCUACGUCAGCGCUAAGGGAGACCGAGCAGAGGAGACGAGGACGGUUCCCACGGGUCAGAGCAGCCUGGUCCUCCAGCCUCUGCUGUCAGACACCGAGUACAAAGUCAGCAUCACCCCCGUCUACCCAGAGGGAGACGGACCGAUGGCCUCUCAGAUGGGACGGACACUUCCUCUUUCAGCUCCCAGGAACCUCAGAGUCUCGGAGGAAUGGUACAACCGCUUCAGGAUCAGCUGGGACGUCCCACCGUCUCCCACCAUGGGCUACAGGGUCGUCUACCAGCCCAUUUCUGCUCCUGGACCGGCCCUGGAGACCUUCGUGGGGGAGGACGUGAACACCAUGCUGAUCGUCAACCUGCUGAGCGGGACCGAGUACAGCGUCAAGGUGAUCGCCUCCUACACCACCGGCUCCAGCGACGCCCUCUCAGGAAAGGCCAAGACCCUCUUCCUCGGAGUGACCAACAUGAAUACGUACCAGGUGAAGAUGAACAGUAUGUGCAUCCAGUGGCAGCCGCAUCGACACGCCAGCUCCUACAGAGUGGCCGCCCAGUCCGUGAGCGGGAGCCAGAAGCAGGAGACCAAGCUGGGAGGAGGGAGCAGCCGACACUGUUUCAACAACCUGAAGCCCAGCGUGGAGUACAGGAUGAGCGUCUACGCUCAGCUGCUGGACGGGACCGAGGGCCCGGCCGUCACCACCACCGCCAAGACACUUCCUGCCCCGACGCAGCCGCCCCCCAAACCCCCGACCCCCGCCCCAGUACCCACAAUCCCCGCUGCCAAGGAAGUGUGUAAAGCAGCUAAAGCAGACCUGGUCUUCCUGGUGGACGGUUCCUGGAGCAUCGGCGACGACAACUUCCUGAAGAUCAUCCGCUUCCUGUACAGCACCACGGGCUCUGGACCUGCCGUGUGUUUACAGGUGGCUAUAGCCCAGUUCAGUGACGACGCCCGGACCGAGUUCAAGCUGAACUCAUACAGCGACAAGGAGCGACUCCUGGACGCCAUCAACAGGAUCUCCUACAAAGGAGGAAACACAAAGACAGGUCGAGCCAUCCAGCACGUGAAGCAGAACAUCUUCACGGUGGAGGGAGGAGUCAGGAGGGGGGUCCCCAACGUCCUGGUAGUUCUGACCGACGGGCGGUCGCAGGACGACGUCAACAAAGUUUCCAAGGAGAUGCAGAUGGAAGGCUACAUCGUGUUUGCUAUUGGCUUCGCCGAUGCCGACUACGGGGAGCUGGUGAGCAUCGCCAGCAAACCCAGCGACAGACACGUGUUCUUCGUGGACGACCUGGAUGCCUUCAAGAAGAUCGAGGAGAAGCUGGUGACGUUCGUGUGCGAAGCCGCCACAGCCACGUGUCCGUCCGUACCGAUGAGUGGAAGCACAACACCAGGUUUCCGUAUGAUGGAGCUCUUUGGGCUGGUGGAGAAUCGGUACAGCAGCGUCUCUGGUGUUUCCAUGGUACCCGGCACCUUCAACGCUUUCCCCUGUUUCCACCUGCACAGUGAUGCUCUGCUGGCUCAGCCAACCAGGUUCCUCCACCCUGAGGGGCUGCCCUCAGACUACACCAUCACCCUGCUGUUCAGGCUGCUGCCCAACACUCCUGAGGAGCCCUUCGCCAUCUGGGAGAUCCUGAACAAGAACAACGAGCCACUGGUGGGAGUCAUCCUGGACAAUGGCGGAAAAACUCUGACGUUCUUCAACAACGACUACAAAAGAGAAUUUCAGACGGUCACGUUCGAAGGACCGGAAAUCAAGAAGCUUUUCUACGGAAGCUUCCAUAAGCUUCACAUUGCAAUAAGCAAGACCAGCGCCAAGGUGUUGAUCGACUGCAAAAUGGUGGCAGAGAAAGCCAUCAACGCAGCAGGAAACAUCACCACGGAGGGAGUGGAGGUCCUGGGCAGGAUGGUUCGGUCCAGAGGGAACAAGGACAACUCUGCACCGUUCCAACUCCAGAUCUUUGAUAUCGUCUGUAGCACUUCCUGGGCCAACAGAGACAAGUGCUGUGAAAUUCCUGGUCUGAGGAAGGAAGUGGACUGUCCGGCUUUGCCCAAAGCCUGCACCUGCACUCAGGACAGCAAAGGCCCCCCCGGCCCGGCUGGAGUACCAGGAGGCCCAGGAAUCAGAGGAGCCCGAGGUGAUCGUGGAGAGCCAGGCCCGGUGGGUCCAACAGGUCCCGUUGGUGAUACAGGUGUACCGGGACCUCAGGGACCCCAAGGACCACAAGGACCCAGUGGACGCUCUAUUAUUGGACCCCCAGGUCCUCCAGGAGAGCGAGGGCAGAAGGGGGAUCCUGGACAGCAAGGAUCACAGGGAGUUCCUGGGAGACCCGGAGGUCCAGGAAGAGAGGGACCUCCAGGAGCCAGAGGACUGACAGGAAAAGACGGCCCAGCGGGCCGACAGGGGCCCCCGGGGCCUAUUGGGACUCCAGGAGCCCCGGGAGCUCCAGGAAACACAGGCCCUCAAGGAAAACAGGGGGAACUGGGAAAAACGGGUCCUCCUGGAGGCAAGGGGGAGAAAGGUGAACGGGGUGACCUUCAGUCCACAGCAUCAGUUCAGGACAUCGCCAGGCAGGUCUGUGAGCAGCUCAUCCAAAGUCACAUGGCGCGCUACAACAACAUCCUGAACCAACAGCCCAGUCAGCCAGUGUCCAUCCGCACGGUGCCAGGUCCACCUGGAGAACCAGGUCGACAAGGAAACCCAGGCCCCCAGGGAGAACAGGGACUCCCAGGAAGACCGGGCUUCCCAGGACAGAACGGACAGAACGGGCAACCGGGAGAAAGAGGUCAACCAGGAGAGAAGGGUGAGAAAGGAUCUCAAGGAGUUGGUGUCCAAGGCCCCCGAGGACCCCCAGGACCUCCCGGUGCCCAAGGACAAGGCAGACCCGGCAGCCAGGGUCCAUCAGGACGACCUGGAAACCCUGGAACCCCCGGUCGACCCGGGGUCCCUGGACCCAUCGGCCCUGCAGGACCUCCGGGUUACUGUGACCAGAACUCCUGUGUGGGCUACAAUGUUGGAGAAGGCGAAGACGACGUCACUGACCGUGGCACUUUCCCUGCAGUCCAACUGCCGUCCAACGUCUUCCAGAACUACGGCGAGGCGGAGGAGGACGACCCGUACCGCUACUACCAGCCCAACUACCCGGCCCCCCGGCCCGUGUCGCCCGACGACCCCGACAUCGAGCUGAGGUCCCCCGGCGUCCACCGCAUCUCCCGGAGCCUACCGGAGGAGAAGGAGGAGGAGGUGAAGGAGGAGAAGGAGGAGGAGGAGGAGAAAGUUGGGCCGAAGAGGAGGCUAAAGAGAGCAGCGAAGAUCGGACUAACUAACUGAGAGGAGGCGACUGGAGGACGGAGGACGCUCGCUGCUUCUGAUUGGGCGGUUAUGGACUAAUCAACAAGUGCCUGAUGUAGAGGGUUUCUAAUGGACAUCUAGGAAGGGGCGGGACGGGAGGGACGGGGUGGGACAGGGUGGGAAUCAGGUUGGGAGGAUUUAAACUCAUCUAUGCUAUCGAAUUAACAUCAAGAAAACAGUUUGAUGUCGUUUGUGUUCGUCUCAGUCGAGAAUCUUGUUUAAAAACUGAUCCUGUGUCGAGUUUGGUUCCUGGUUCCAGGUUCCUUCGUUUAUUUCUUGUUCCUGGUUGGUUAAGUGCCUCAUCAAGUCCUGUACUGGAAGAUUUAGAUUCAACCUUUCGCUCUAAUUAGGUUUUGACUUGACACCAACGAUAAUAAUUAUUUAGAUGUUCCUUAUUCGUUACCUUCGUUUCCAGCUUCAGAACAAUUAUUUAUGGAAAGUUUUGCAUGUUUUCUUUUUCUUUCUUUUUUUUUAAUUUUACCGUGUCAUGUAUCGUCGUGUUUAAUCUCAUAGAGCCGUAGACACAUUAAACUCAAACUGUCGCUCCGUGUGUUUGAGAAGCUAAAAUAUAAGUUGUAAAAACCAGAAACUGUUUUAAUCCUUUAAGGUUUGUUUCUUCUGUCGUCGACCGUGAUGAAUGAGUUUCAGUUAAAGAAGCAGAAACAAACUUAACAAUCAAGAAAAGGGAUUUUUUUUUCUAUUAUUUUGUUUUAUUUAAGAGGAACACGACCGACAGAACAUAUUUAAUUCCUGUUUGUAUUUUUUAAGUUCGACCUCCUGAAGUCGUCACAGCUCACGAGUCCGAACCCUCGUGUGAUUUAUUGGAUUAGUUUUCACUGCUGGUUUAUUUAGAGGCGUGAACUCAUCAUUGGGUCAAAAACUUAAGCACACUUUUCCAAAUCCGUUGAGUGUUUGAGGCCUCAGGUGGUCGGUCCCUCUACACCUCUGACCAGGAAGAAGUUAAAAAAAUACAUUCAAAUAAAAUAAAAAUCAAGGAAGUAAUUUAUUUUUUACUUGGUAUUGAUUUUCUCAGAACAAUAAAACUGAAGUUCAACUGUU